AUGAGCUCAGCAUUCGAAGGAAUCGAAAAGAGAGUUGUCGUUAAAUUGAGGAAGGAAUUUUUUUCAGACAACAAAAUAACAUCACUUUUGGAUGUACCCAGGAAAUUGUGGGAAGAUAAGUUAAAACUUAUUGGUUGUAGUAUUAUUUCUGAAAUUGAAGAAGAUAUUAAUUUGCCCCGAGAUGAAAGAUGUAGAGUAUACUUACUCUCAGAAAGUUCGUUAUUUAUAUAUAAUGAUACGGUUUUUAUCAAAACAUGUGGAAAGACUAAAGUAUUGUUUUUUAUUCCCUUUUUAGUUGAUUUGUUGAUAUAUAAGAUUAAGAAUAAAUACGUUUUAGAUAAGGAUUGCUUGUAUGAUGAAUCGUUUAUUAAAAAUAAAGACUUAACAGAAAUAACAGAUUUUAUAAAAAAUAGUUUUGAGUAUUCAUUCUUUACACAUAUGAAUUAUCAAAACGUAACAAAUGAUGGUUAUUAUGAACAAGAGUAUCCGCACAAAUCGAUUGAAGAUGAAAAGAACUUUUUUCAAUUUUUUUUUAAAAAGAUCGAAUUUUCCAAUACCCCAUUAUCAAUGAAUAGGGCACACUAUAUUUUCUUUGCACAAGUUAGUAGUAAUAAGAGCGAUGGAAGAGGAGGAAGCAGUAGCAGCAAUGGAAGUGCCAGUUAUUAUAGUAGUAAUGGCGUUAAUGCACACCCCGCAGCUACCAAUUACAAGUUUUGCUCGGAAAUACAUCUGUUCGGUAUUGCCAAGUACAGAGAGAUGAAGCAUUUUCAUGAGUUAUAUUUGAACGAAGACUCACUGAAUAUUUUUUCCAAGAAUAUUGAUAGUGCAAUAAAAACCUAUGAUGAAAAUGAAAAAGUGGAAAUAUGUAGUAGUGACUAUUCAUUGGAAUGGACAGAGAAUUCGUCCAAAAGUACGACAAAUACAAAUAAUGUUUACAAAGACGGAACACAGUUACUCACCAUUACAGAUGAAGUUAUAUCACCCUAUACUGAGAAGAAAAGUGUAUUUUCAAGUGACAUCUCGUUUUCAUCUAGAUUAUUAGAAUCGAGUGAAAAGAUAUUGGAUGAAGCAAUGACAAGUUGUGAGGAUAUGGUUUCUUUAAGAUAUGACGAAGAUUAUUUGAACACCAAUUGUAAUAGAAGAAACAAUAAUAGUACAACCUGUAGUAGUGUCUAUGAUGAAGGAAAAAGUAGUACCAUCUUGUCGAGUGAAACGAAAGAUCAGUUCAGACAGAAUGCACUUGAUUCUAUCUCUCAACAUAAUAUAGACGCUGGAAAUAAAAUGACGAAGAAGGAAAUCGUAUCCGGAACAGAAGUAAAAAGAGAGAAUGCGUAUUUAAAUGAGUUAUACUUUGCACAAUAUUCCAGCUGUAGAGAUGCAGGAACGACAUUGAUACAUUCCAACCAAAGUUAUAACAAUUAUAACAUUGAUCUGAGAAAUACAUAUACAAGUUUGAACAAUAAGUAUUCCGUUGAUAGUUGUUUGAAGAAUGGAGGAGUAUGUAUGGAAUUAUCAUCUCCAUCGUUCAUUAGUAAUGCAAAUAAUACGAAUAGUAAUAAUUACAGGAGUUCGGAAUAUCAUGGGUCCAAUUUCUGUGUGAAGAAGAUAGACACCAAUAUAUAUGAAUGUAAAAAUGUACAAAAUAAGGAAAGGUGUUUAUAUAAUGAGUUUUACUUUACCCCAUGUGGUUAUUCUUGUAAUGUGGUUCAUAAGAAUAAUUACUUUUGUGUACAUUACUCGCCUGAAGAUUUGGUAUCCUAUGUGUCCAUUGAAGUAUCAUGCAACAUAAAAUUUGACACGUUUAUGAAUUUUAUGAACAAUCAGUUGAAUUUUUACAAUGGCAAGUUUAUGUGCAUCAUUAACUACUCUUAUUAUCCGGAUGAUUGUAGGGCAUAUUGCAACCCGUUAACGAUAGGGAGUGUUCAUAAUAGCAUCAAUGUUAGCAGUGUUAGCAAUGGGAUCAGUAGGCUGGGCAAAGGAGAUCAACUAACGUAUGGAUACACUGCAUACAAUAACGCGGAAAUUUAUCAAAUAAACAAAAAGUUAACGAAAAACUUAAUCAUAAACAAUAAUCAGUAUUAUUCACUAAUCGCACUGAAGCAGAAAUCCGUUGGCUUUCUCAAAAUUCAGUAUUUUGUCUACGAACUUAAAAAUAUGAAUGAGGAAAAAACGACGAACAUUUUAUUUCCUUGCGGAAUUAUUAGUAGUAGUGGCAGUAAAAAACAUGUGGGGAAUAAUUUCAGUAUCACUCCAUUAAGUUCUAAUGUAGUCAAUGACAUGUACAAGUAUAGUUACAUAUUUUGUAAACAGAACAAAGUAAUGAUAGUAGACAUCCCAUCGGAUAGUAACACAAGCAAUAGCAAUAGUGCAAACGGAUUAAGAAAUGUUUCAAAUGAUUUACUCAUCUUGGAAAAUGCGGAAAAUAUAGAAAAGGAGCAUAAGGAUAGUAGUUCAUAUGACGAGCAAAAGAAGAAGGGUGCAGAAAUAAGAAGAGGUAGAAGUAGUGUAGGUGCUAGGAAUUAUUCUAAGGGGACGAACAAUACUGUAGUUGAGGGGAAUGAAGAAGAGGGAGAAAGAGAAAGGGAAGGCGAAAGAAGAAAACUGAAUGACGACAAAGAGGAGGGGGAAAAUGGUUCAGAUGUGAAAGCGCAGAAGGACGAAGCGGGCACAUGCAUAGAAACAAAGCACAAAGAAGAAAUGAGGAAUUAUUAUAAAAAGAAUAAAAUCGAAAUGUUUACACUAAGUAAGAUAUUAAGUGAAAAUAUUGACACAUCGGUUGUGUGCAUUAAUGUACAAAAAAUUCUUGCACAAUAUAUACGUUUUAAGAAAAAUUUGCCGAGUGUUACACCAUUUUAUUCUGUGAAGAGCAAUAAUGACGAAAUCGUAUUAAAAUUUUUAUAUGGAUUAAAUUGCAAUUUUGAUUGUGCUUCAGUAGGAGAGAUUAAGAAGUUAAUAGCAAUAUUUCCAAACAUAGAAAGGAACAGAAUUAUCUAUGCAAAUACUAUUAAAAGUGUUAACUCGUUAAUAUAUGCAAAGAAUGAGAAUGUUAAUCUGUGCACAUUUGACAAUAUAGAAGAAUUAAAAAAAAUAUUGAAACAUCAUCCCAAAUGUUCCUUACUUUUACGUAUUAAUGUAGAUUUCAAGAAUUAUAAAUCAUAUAUGUCUUCUAAGUAUGGUGCGAAUGAAUAUGAAUGGGGGAAUAUUUUACAAUUCGGUAAAGAAAACAAUUUAAAUAUUAUUGGUGUGUCAUUUCAUGUAGGUAGUAAUACGAAAAAUUUGUUUGAUUACUGUCAAGCUAUUAAAUUGUCCAGAGAUGUAUGGAAUAUUAGCAAAACUAUUGGCUAUGAAUUUGAAAUAUUAAAUUUAGGUGGAGGAUAUCCAGAGGAGUUAGAAUAUGAUAGUGCAAAAACGCAUGAAAAAAGAAACUAUUGUACUCUGAAUGAAGAAGAAUUAAAAAAAGAUAUUAUGAACUUCUUGAAUGAAAAAUCAGUUGUUAAAACGAAAUAUAAUUUUUACAAUUUUGAAAAAAUCGCCUUAGCUAUUAAUAUGUCUAUUGAACAUUAUUAUAAAGAUAUAAAGAAUAAACUCAGAAUAAUUUGUGAACCUGGUAGGUAUAUGGUUGCGUCUUCAUCCACGCUAGCUGUUAAAGUAAUCGGGAAAAGGCAUCCAACUUUUAAGGGUAUUAUGUUAAAAGAUCUAAGGGAUGAGGAUAUUCUUAAUUUUUCCAAAGGACCAAACAACGGGGACAUUGAAGUAACAAAUAAUGCUGGGGAAGAGGAGCAGGCAAAACAAGAUGAUAGGGUAAAGAGUGAAAAGGGAGAUGCAAGCGAAGAUACAUCUGUUGGUACAAGUAUAGAUACAUCUGCAAGUGCCAGAAGUAAUGACGAGAAAACUGAGGAUGAACUGUUAAUGUUAUCCCAUGCAAAUAUCGGUAAUAAUUUUAGUAGUAGUAAUUCGAAAUUAGGCAAUAUUACAAAUAUUAAGAAAGAGGUUGUUAAUAUUAAUAACAAUAGAUAUAAUUAUUAUUCGUAUUAUGUAAGUGAUAGUAUUUAUGGUUGUUUUAGUGGUAUAAUAUUUGAUGAAUAUAAUAGAACACCCGUAUAUGUAAUUAAAAAUAAAAAUUAUUCAAAUAAUUCCAUAUUAAGUUCACCAUUGUAUUUAGCAAACAUAUUUGGGCAGUCUUGUGAUGGACUAGAUAUGAUUAAUUCAAUUACAUAUUUACCUGAAUGUGAUAUUAAUGACUGGAUUAUUUAUGAAUAUGCAGGAGCCUAUACUUUUGUUAGCUCAUCUGAUUUUAACGGAUUUGCCAAAUGUCAAAAGAUAUAUAUCUUUCCCAAGAACGAAUUCCCCUUUUUAAAAUGA